AUCGCUAUAAAUACUGGUGCCGCGCCUAUUCCCCGCCUCUCUCUCUCUCUCUCUCUCUCUCCGGAAUCCCACCUUCAAUCACCUUCACAAAAUCCGAUCACAAAAAGGAGAGAAUUCUCUAGCAAAACCCUAACUUCACAUUCUCCUCCCUCCCAUGCAAAUCCUUCGAGUCAAUAUCAAUAACGUACUUGAUCAUGCUCUGAAGAUUGAAUUAAUCAGGAAAGGGGAGGAGAGGAAAGAGAGUUCUGAGCCUUGUGGAUCAACAUUAACGUGAAAUUUGCUUUGUUGAGCGACUUCGAUUGGUAUAGUUGUGUUUCAGGGGAUCAAUAAUCAUCGAGGACAAAUAUGGCUAGUGUUCAAGAUAUCACCAUUGGAGCUGCUGUAAACAUCCUUUCUGCAGUUGUGUUCCUUGUGGCCUUUGCAAUAUUACGGCUUCAACCAAUCAAUGAUAGAGUUUACUUCCCGAAGUGGUAUCUAAAGGGUAUAAGAGGCAGCCCAACACGUUCUGGAGCUUUUGUAUCGAAGUUCAUUAACUUGGAUUGUAGAACAUACAUAAAGUUCUUGAAUUGGAUGCCCGCCGCAUUAAGAAUGCCAGAACUUGAGCUUAUAGAUCAUGCAGGGCUUGAUUCUGCUGUAUAUAUUCGGAUUUACCUUCUUGGCUUGAAGAUAUUUGUCCCUAUAGCUGCACUCGCUUUUGGGGUCUUGGUUCCUGUAAAUUGGACUGGGCGAACGCUAGAGACUAUCAAGGAUAUAACGUUCACUAAUAUUGACAAGCUCUCAAUAUCAAAUGUGCCACCUGGAUCUAAAAGGUUUUGGGCACAUCUGGUAAUGGCGUAUGUAUUCACAUUCUGGACAUGCUAUAUUCUAUACAAGGAAUACAAGAUCAUAGCUAAUAUGAGAUUACGUUUUCUUGCUUCUGAAAAUCGUCGUCCAGAUCAAUUCACUGUUCUUGUAAGAAACGUUCCUCCAGACCCUGAUGAAUCUGUUAGUGAGCACGUUGAACAUUUCUAUUGCGUAAAUCAUCCUGAUCAUUAUUUGACACAUCAGAUUGUAUACAACGCCAAUAAGCUUGCAAAAUUGGUGGAAAAGAAGAAGACCUUGCAGAACUGGCUUAUCUAUUACCAAAACAAAUACGAAAGGAAACCUGAUAAGAAACCGACUACGAAGACAGGUUUCUGGGGCCUUUGGGGACAAAAAGUGGAUUCAAUUGACUACUAUACAGCUGAAAUUGAGAAGUUGAGCGAAGAGGAAGUUGCAGAAAGAGAAAGGGUCAUUAGUGAUCCAAAUGCCAUAGUUCCUGCGGCAUUUGUGUCGUUCAAAACCAGAUGGGGAGCAGCAGUUUGUGCACAAACUCAGCAAUCGAGUAAUCCUACUAUUUGGUUGACCGAAUGGGCUCCUGAACCACAUGAUGUUUACUGGAAUAAUCUUGCGAUACCAUAUGUUGCGCUCACCAUCCGAAGAUUGCUCAUGGCUGUUGGUCUAUUCUUGUUGACAUUCUUUUAUAUGAUCCCUAUUACAUUUGUUCAGACUCUAGCCAAUAUUGAGGGCAUUGAGAAGGUUUUUCCUUUCUUGAAGCCAUUGAUAGAAAUGAAAGUGGUAAAGUCUUUCAUUCAAGGUUUUCUGCCGGGCAUUGCAUUAAAGAUAUUCCUCAUUGUUCUUCCGACGAUUCUCAUGACCAUGUCCAAGAUUGAAGGAUUCACAUCACUCUCAACUUUGGAAAGAAGAUCGGCUGGAAAGUAUCAUUUGUUCUUGCUUGUCCUUGUGUUUCUUGGAAACAUCAUCGCUGGAACAGCAUUUCAGCAGCUGCAUACCUUUUUGAACCAGUCCCCAUCUGAGAUUCCGAAAACUAUUGGAGUGUCAAUCCCAAUGAAAGCCACUUUCUUUAUUACUUAUAUCAUGGUUGACGGAUGGGCCGGCAUUGCAGCAGAAAUUGUUAGAUUGGUUCCUUUAGUGAUGUUCCACAUAAAGAAUACAUUUUUGGUCAAGACGGACAGAGAUAGGGAGCAGGCGAUGGAUCCUGGUUCCUUGAACUUCUACACAUCUGAGCCUCGCAUACAGCUCUAUUUCUUGCUGGGACUUGUGUAUUCCGUGGUUACCCCCAUACUUCUUCCUUUCAUCAUUGUCUUCUUUGCCUUUGCCUUUAUGGUUUUUCGCCAUCAGAUCAUCAACGUUUAUGACCAAAAGUACGAAAGUGGGGCAGCAUUUUGGCCAGAUGUGCAUCGUCGGAUCAUCAUUGGAUUGAUAACAUCACAACUUCUGUUAUUGGGAUUGAUGAGCACAAAAGGAGCUGAACAGUCAACGUUAGUCCUCAUUGCUCUUCCUGUUUUGACCAUUUGGUUCCAUCGACUUUGCAAGGGGCGCUUUGAGUCGGUAUUUGUAAAAUAUCCUUUGCAGGAUGCAAUGGUGAAGGACACAUUAGAGAGGGCUACAGAACCACAUCUAAACUUGAAGGCCUAUCUCCAGGAUGCUUACAUACACCCAGUUUUCAAGGGCAGUGAGUUGGAGCGACCGGCAGCGAUAGAUGAGGAAGAAAACAACCCACUUGUUGCUACAAGGAGGAGCUCCCAAAGGGGUAGUAAAUAUGGUUCCGGCGAAAAUUCUGACAUUGGAGUUUGAGAUACUUUGAAAAUGAAGUGAUCGUUCUUGCAAUGAUCUCACGCUAGCUAUGUACUUACCAUAGGUUCUCAUGCUCAAGUAUGAAAUCUAUAUUAGGAA